AUGGCCGCAUCGCGUGCAACUCUCGUUGCGCUCGUGUGCGCACUCGCGAUUACUUCAGCCGAACAUAACCCACUGCUCAGCGAUGAGUUUAUCGCUCAUAUCAACUUAAAACAAAAUUCUUGGACAGCUGGACGUUCAUUUCCACUUAAUACGCCUAUGAAACAUAUUAAUAAACUAAUGGGUGUUUUGAAAGAUAAUCACAUUACGAAACUACCAAAGGUGGAACACAGCGCUGAAUUAAUUGCAAGCCUACCGGAAAACUUUGAUCCAAGAGACAAAUGGCCAGACUGUCCUACUUUAAAUGAAAUCAGGGAUCAAGGUUCUUGUGGCAGUUGCUGGGCGUUUGGUGCAGUGGAAGCGAUGACUGAUCGUUUUUGUACGUACUCAAAUGGUUCUAAACAUUUCCAUUUUUCUGCGGAAGAUCUUCUAAGUUGUUGCCCUGUUUGCGGUCUUGGUUGUAAUGGAGGAAUACCGUCGCUGGCUUGGGAGUACUGGAAGCACUUCGGCCUCGUAUCUGGUGGCAGUUAUAAUUCAAGUCAAGGUUGUAGUCCGUACGAAAUACCUCCCUGCGAACACCACGUACCUGGUAAUAGGAUGCCGUGCAGCGGAGAUGACAAGACUCCAAAAUGCCACAGGACUUGCGAAGCCAGUUAUAACGUAGACUAUAAAAAAGAUAAACGCUACGGCAAACACGUGUAUUCUGUGUCUGCUAAAGAAGAUCACAUUAAAGCGGAAUUGUUCAAGAACGGACCCGUGGAAGGUGCGUUUACUGUAUAUGCUGAUUUACUUAAUUAUAAGACAGGUGUCUAUAAACACACGGCUGGUGAUGCUCUUGGCGGUCAUGCAAUAAAGAUCCUUGGUUGGGGUGUUGAGAAUGGUAACAAAUACUGGCUUAUUGCUAACUCCUGGAACAGCGAUUGGGGAGCCAAUGGUUUCUUUAAAAUCCUUCGUGGGGAAGAUCACUGUGGCAUAGAAAGUUCUAUUAUAGCUGGGGAACCUCUUUACUCUUCUAAUUAA